UUACGCCUUAUGAAAACAUUGGAAUAUUUUUCUUCCAAUAUUCUUCAGAAUAGUUUGCCCUGGAAGGUCUGGAAAUAUUAAUCCCACCCAAUUUACCAAGAAACUUAUUUCGGUACCUGCAACGAGGAAAACUAACCCUUCCUCAGGUAUCGCCCUACCCGAUUCACCGACCAAGUGACCCUUCACUUUGCAUGGCCUGCUAUGCAUUUGCCUGCUUACUUGCUGCUUACCACCACAUUUAACUAAUCCUUGACUGCCUCCAGUAAAUAAAUAGUCCAGCAUUCGACAAUCAGUCUUCAUUCACAAUUUUGUCCUCCUUCAGUAACCAUAUUUUAUAGCACUUUAGCUAAAAAAAAUCAAUCCACAUUCCAACCACAACAUAAAACCUGCCAAUAAAUCUGUCCCCCAUUAAAGUGAGAAGUAACUGAAGAAGUAAAAGAACAAUUGAAUCCUAGUGCUUGAUAAGAAGAGAACUUUUAAGUGUCCAUUAUGGAGAUCGGUUACGAUAUUGUCCCGAGACGCAGCAUCCACGCCAAGAAGACCAACCAGGCAACCAGUUUCAACGAGUACUACCGUGAGUCCCCGUCCGAAAGGAUGGAGAAAAUUUCGCCACAAGGCCAACAACCCCUCGUCGUCGCCAAGGAGGAGACGACAAGCUGGCGACAAACUAAUCCACUCCUGAUUGCGAAUGUCCUCGACGUCAUUUUCCCCUACCUGGACCACGCCUCCCUGAAGACCUGCAGCCAAGUAUCCUCCCUCUGGUCCGUCAUGGCCACCCCACUGCUCCGAUCUCGCUCCAAGAUCCACCUCGAAGGCCCCCUCUACGACGAACGAAGUGACGCCUUCCUCUCAACGCUUACCCCCACCGACACCCUGCCCAUGGCCAGUCUGACCUACAACCUCCACCACACCUCGACCCCCUUCCUGUCCGAAAGAGCGUCCAGUUUCUUCUCCACCUUCGGUCAUUCCCUCACCUCCCUCACCCUGCAAGCCUACGCCAAUCAAGACCCGGCCAAUUCCCUCGGCACGAACCACUUUUUCUCCGUCGUGUCGCACCUUGUGGGUCGCGACUGUCCCUCCUUGACCCAUUUGACCUUAUCCCACCUCCAAAAUCUCGACUACCUCGACCCUGAAAUCGAAUCCAGCCUCUCCUUCACCUCUCCUUCCAUCCGUCACUUGACCAUUUCCUUCGAAGGGAACUCCCUCAUCCGACCGAGACGUGCCUUGAACUGCAUGGCAGCUUUGAAAUCCCUCCUCGCCAUCGCUCCCAACGCGACCAUCCUCGACACCGACUGCCUUUGUGGAGGUGAAACCUUCAUGUACUUCCUCAUGACGCUGAGAGACUCAAAGAUUUCGGGCCAACUGACCAGCUUCUCCCUCAGCGGUGGCCCCCUCGAUAAAGUAGCGAUGAACAUUUUGAAUUCCAUGACCUUUUCGAGACUCACCUCGCUCAAGAUCAAUACCCUCAUCACGGCUCAAGUGCAGACCGAAUUUAUCCAAUUUUUGCAAAAGUUGAGCCCAACUUUGCAAAAAUUUGUCAUGUUUGGCGACAAAUGGCGGAAAUUUGGGCUGCAGGGAAGAAUGGCGAGGUACGAGGAGGGAUUUAUGAUGGAUUUCCCCCUCAUGCCCAAACUCAAGGUCUUCCACCAUCAGAAUUAUGAAGGCUUGCGACUUGGGAGUGAAGAUUUUCUGCAAAGGUUGCCAAAUUUGGAGGAGGUGGUGAUUCGUGAUUUUCAACCCUCCUUGGCAGAUAUGAUGCUCUGCCCACAGCUUACCGUGUAUGGGACGAUGUUCAGUCCGAGCAUUUACAAGAGGGGGAAGGUCACGCCGAAAAAUCCGAGUUACGCCAACGUCCAUGUGAAGAAGGUGGUUCUUGAUGUCGUAUUUGUCCCCUCGUAUGAAAAUCUGAGCUCGAUGGAAAAACUGCUCAAAAUGUUUCCAAACGUGCAAGAGUUGGAGCUCACGGUCAGUUUCGCGUAUCAAAACGUGUACGUGGGUCAAGUUUUAAACAUUUUGGCCAAAUCGAAGAUCAAGAAGCUCAAGAUCAAGUUUCAACAGUGUGCUGAACUCCGAUGUGGCUGGGUUGCGGCUGCAUUUCAUGCAGCAUUGGUGAAUUAUUUGCCCAAAUUUUCUGAACUGCAACGGGUCGACUUUAUCCUGGACGAUAUGCCCCCAAUGUCCAGAUUCAACUUGCCACUUUACUUUGUCAAAGGAAUAUUAUGCACCAGGUCGUUGAGCAUCCUUAACCUGACCGGAUUUUCCAUUGGGGACCUCGAAGAGACGGAGAUGUGUCGCCAACUCUUAGAUGACAAAUUGUCCCAGUGGAAAAUUAGCGAGAGUGUGAUGCCAUAUUCAGAUUUUAGUCAUUUCGAAUAUUAAUUAGUUAGUUAUCGAGAUUUUUGUUGAUAUAAUUUUGGAUGGAGAAUUUGAGUAGAUUUUGAUAAUCGAGGAGUUUCUUAUUUGUGAUAAAUAGUUUUGGAAGUUUAUUCGUUACGUAUUAAUCUUUUCGUAUUUGUUUUUAUUUUAUUUUUACGCUAUAAUUGAAUUAUUAAACAUGUUAGCUUCAUGGGUUAGGAAUUUUGUACAUAAUUUGGAUAUCUGUCAGAUAUCCAAAUGCCUGCCUGCCAAAACUCCAAAGAUGUCCAAACAGAUAGUAUCUGUUUUGACAUCUUUUGUAUACAUUUCGAGAAAAUCGAAUUAAUCUCUUCGUAAUUAUUUUAUUUUUUACUUACGCUAUAAUUUAAUUAUUAAACACAUUAUUUUCAUAGGUUAGUAAUUUUGUACAUAUUUUAUAUAUCUGUAUUGACAUCUUUGUAAAUAUUUAGUGACA